UUGUUGAUUCUUUAUUACUCCGGCUGCUUAAACCAGUCGAUGGCGAUCAGUUAUAUUUUGCUAUUGGGGACGGGAAGCUUUCCAUGGGGUCAGAGAUGUUACACCGAUACUCUCCAUGUAUUCAGAAGGGUACACACUAUGCCGAAAUCGGAGAGGGGCGAUCGCAAAUAUGAUGUAUAUGGCUUUUGCAUGGCUUUGCAGCUGUGGGCAUAUGAGGCUAUCCCUGCUUUGGGUAGCAAAUGGGCGAUCAGAAGGGAGACUAGCUGCCCACGAAUGCUUCAUUGGCGAGCACAUGAAAAGCCAUCGGCUAAAGAUUUGAUAGUUAUCCUCGACGAUCCUCAGCUCGAAGUUCAUGCUGAGUUGGUUGUCUCGGUGGAAGAGGAGGAUGCAAUAUAUGUACGUGAAUAACUUGUUCCCCCUACUGAAGACGAUCCAGUAUUUGAGUCCGUUCCGGAUAGAAAUAUAGAGCGUCAUCCGGAACUUCCACUUAGGAGAUCUCCUUCGCCUCCACCGAUGAGAUCUCCGUCACCUCCACCGAUGAGGUCGCCU